AUGAAGAAAGAAAGUAAAUUCACCUUCCCACCGGAAACUGAAAUAAAAAAAGUGUUGCAAAGAGGUAGUAAACCAAAUUUUCGCCGAGUAAAUAUUGGUCUAACUCCUAACGCUACCCCCUUGGAAAGAGCCAAGCAUGACUUAUGUAAAACUAUUUUACGUUAUAAGCAUGACAAUAAUUUGCGAACCGAGGACAUUGCUCAAAAAUUAGGGCUGAACUUAGUUAAAACUGAAUAUAUUUUGUAUAGUCAUAUUGACAAACUUACUUUUGAAGAAUUAUUGGGUUACGCUAAUAAUCUCUAUCUUCCUUACCAA